AUGGACUCUGUCAGCUUCGACGAGUUCUGGGCGCUUCAAAAGGCGCUCAAGGCCGCGGAGGGCAAGGUGCAGCACCUUGCCGUCGAGCGGGACGGGCUGCUGCAGGUGGUCGCCGACUAUGAGGCGCAGCGCGAGGCCGCGCUGGACGCGCUGCAUGAGUACUACGCACGCAGCGAGGCGACAGCGAACGCCCACAGCGAUGAGGUGUCUUGCCUCCGUGCCCGCAUCACCGACCUGGAGACAAGGGCGGAUAGCGCCGAGCGCUGCGAGUGUGACCUUCAAAGGGCCACCCAAGAGCUUACAGCUCUGCAGAGCGAGCUGGCACGCAUGAGGGGCGAGCUCAAGAGCCAGCAGGAGCUGCAGCAGCAGCGUGUCACCACCCGCAGGCAGCAAGAGCAGAUGGCAGUCUCCCACCUCAUCUUUCCUUGCUCCUCAGCUCGUGAGCUUGAGCUGCAGGAUACCCAGGCAAAGCUGGCGGCAAAAGAAGCUGAGCUCACAAUCAAGCAGGACGAGCUGGACACAGCUCAGAAGGAGGUGCAUCGCCUGCAGGCGGAGCUGGAGCAGGAGGAGGAGCGCCUGGCACAAAAGGAGGCAGAGCUGAGAAAGUCUGAGAGAGACCUCAAGGCCGAGCAGACAAGGCUGGUGCGCCGCCAGUCGGACGUGGACACUUCUGCUGCUUCGCAACGCGGAGAGUUGGAGCGCAAGCAGGGUGAGCUGGAGCGUGAGCGGAUCCGGCUUGAGGCGCAGCACGCUGAGCUGGAGCAGGAUCGGGGCAGCCUCAAACGCGACACUGCCCGUGUGGAGUCCCGCGAGCGCGCGGCAGCUGAUGCUGAGACGAGGCUGAAGCAGCGGCACGAGGAGCUGGAGGUUCUGGAGUCCCAGCUUGGAGCCAGGGAAGCCACCAUCGCCGAGAAGGAGCGCGCUGUCGAGGAUUCCAAGCGGGAGGCCGAUGCUAGGCAGGAGUGCCUCGCUGCUGAGUCUCGCCAGCUGACCUCUCAGCGCAACACGCUGGCGGAGGAGUGUGAGGGCUUGGCCAAGGAGCGCGCGGCUCUUCAGGAGGCCAGGUCCACCCUGGAGGAGGAGCGCAGGCAGCUCGAACAGGGUCUGUGCAUGCUGGGCACAGACAGGGACGAGGUGGAGCAUCAGAGGCUCGUUGUUGAGCGCGACACAGCAGCCGUGGUUGAGCGGGUCACUCAGCUGGAUGCGCGUGAAGCCAAGCUUGUUGAGGAGCAGCGAGCCGUGCGCGCACACGAUGUCGAGGUCAAGCGCGCCGAGGGGUCAAACGCCAGGCACGAGCGCGCUCUCGAGGUGCGGCCGGCACUGGUUAGUGCCGGUGCAUGGUUGGCCGAGGCAUACCUGUAG